AUGGACCUCUCAGGUUCUUUGCCUACACCUUCCCAAAAUACCUUCUCUAUCGUCCCCAAUGUCUCCGUGCCUUCCUCCUCUCCCUCCAUCUCUCCAUCACCUAGCCUGGCAUCCACAGCUCUGUUCUGCUCGCUCCUCUCCCUCCUCUCCUUGCUGGGCAUCACAGGAAACCUGUACACUUUAGGUCUCCUCCUGAGGCGCAGGAGAGGCAGGAGAAGGCAUGGAGCAUGGCCGACCUGCUGCCUAAUGAGAGUACCUGUUCCAUUCUGCCUUUCCAGCUCCUCUUCCCCUUCCACCUCCCCCAUCUCCUCUUCAUCCUCCUCCUCCUCUCUUCACCUCCAGGUGCUAAGCCUUGCUCUUGCUGAUCUGCUCUACCUUUUCACCGCUCCCUUCAUUGUGUACGACAGCCUGGCGUCUGGCUGGGCCUUUGGUGAGCUGGGCUGCCGCCUCCUCCUCAGCCUGGACCUCCUCACCAUGCACGCUUCCAUCUUCACUCUCACUGCCAUGAGUCUGGACCGCUACCGGGCUGUGGCUCACCCCCUGCACACCUCCUCCUCCAACUCCUCCGGCCUGCUGCGUGUAGGCCUGGCCUGGGGGCUGGCUGUGGCUCUUAGUCUGCCCAUGAUGAUCACCCUGCACCUGGAGGAUGGGGAGAACCAGGAGGGCCAGCUGUGUGUUCCAGCUUGGGACGAGCAGAGCUCCAAGGCCUAUCUGAGUGUGCUGUUCUGCACCAGCAUCCUUGGUCCUGGACUGGCCAUCGGAGCACUUUAUGCUACUCUGGGCCGGCUUUACUGGGUGUCUCAGACCCGGCCAGCCUGGGCCAGUGGGAGCAGCACUGCUUGUCCUCCCCGUGCUCCCAAACCCAAAGUCCUGCUCCUCAUCCUGGGUAUUGUCCUGGCCUUCUGGGCCUGCUUUCUCCCUUUCUGGAUCUGGCAGCUGCUGCCUCUGUACCAGCCCGACAUGCUGCGGACAGUACCAGUGGGGACACAGGUGACAGUGAAUCGUAUCCUCACAGGAUUAACCUACGGAAACUCUUGUGUGAAUCCAUUCUUCUACACACUAUUGACUGGAAAACGGAGACGCAAUCGGCAGACGCUGACAUCAGCAAAUCAGCUCUGCCGCAAGAGCAGUCCACUGCAGUAG